GCACCACCAGAUGUGGUAACAUCAGAGCAACGACAUGAAGCAGAGCAAGUGUUCCUUCAACUCCGUAAUACAAAAAACCCAUUCAAUCUUUGCAGACAACUAUUAGAAACCUCCCAAGCUGACUACCUGUUAUUUGAAGCUGCAACACUUUUACGGGUAGGAGUUAUACGAGAAUGGCGGGAUUUAAGCAAGGAGGACAUAUUGCAGCUGAGACAGUAUAUUGUGCAUUAUGUAGUCAACAGGGUCAACCUCCCCCAUUAUGUCAGAGAGACAUUAGUACAGGUUGUAGGCAUAAUGGUGAAACGUGGAAGUGUAGAGGAUCAGGGUGAAGACCGUGGCCGCUUGUUGACAGAAGUUGAGCAGCUGGUGUCAUCUGGAGAUAACACUAUGCGUAUGAUUGGGUGCAGCAUUAUCAGCGCUCUUAUGCAAGAAUAUGCUGUGACAGUGAAGUCCACAGAUGUAGGGCUAACCUGGGAAACGCACUUUAAAGCCAAAAAACAGUUUGAGGGCUCAGAUCUGCGUCGUAUAUUCCACUUCAUCGUAAACCUUCUGGGAGAGGUGGUCAAAGUGGAAGGAAAAAUGAGUGGAGAAUUGUCAUCUCUGCUCCUCAAGUUGCUGGUUAUUGCAGAGACCACUUUGACUUGGUCUUUCAUCUCCCUACACCUACCAAAACGACUCAUGAGUGUGUUUGAGCAGGACCAGAAUCCAUCCCUGCGGCCAGGCCAACAGUGGCGAGAGACCUUCCUGGAUCCUGCAAUUGUACAGCUUUUCUUUAAACUUUACUGGCGUGUGCGUGGUGACUGGGAACUGGGGCAUCAUGCUUUAAAUUGCUUAGUGCAGUUGGCCUCCUUAAAUGGAGCAGUCCUUAUCAACAGACAAGUUCGAAUUAAAUACCUCACACAGUACUUGGAGUGCCUCUUUUCCCUCCUGUCAAGUACUCAGAUUAGUGAAGUUGAAGCCCUAGGGAUCAGCAACAUUUUCCGGAAACUGUUGCUCUUCUUUCCUCCCUCCGUCUUGGUGGCCCUCCCUGAGGAGAUGUUGCGGCAGCUAGUCGACAACCUCACCGCCCUCACCUGCAAAUUUGCCCAGGGUGCAGCACAGGAGGAAAUGUUGGACGAGGAGGAUCGACUGUACAUGGAAGCCUUUGAGCAGAUGUUGCAGUCAUGGGCUUGCAUCCUUCAAGAAAGCAGUAGUUGUAAUAGCUCUCAGGUCAAGCAGAGUGCCACCCUUAUCUUUGACACAUAUCUUAAGUGCCAUUUAGCACCUCCAGAAGGGUCCCGAGUGCCAGUUGAUGCAGAUGAAAUAUCGGAGACAGUUCAGACUGAUCGUGUGGCUUUCAAAGACCAACUUGUCCUCAUAGGUUUAUGUGGAAGACAGGCAGCAGAACAUAGUGUACCUCUCUUGACACAGCUUCUUGAAGAUCGAAUUGGCCGAAUGCGGUCUCAGUUAACACACAUUCUCAGCAACAACCUAACUAUUGCUGAGAACACACAGCUUGACCAGCUCUAUGAGGACAUUCAUUGGCUGCUCCUCAUUGCAGGUCAUGUCACAACAAUGGAUAAUGAAGGUGAAACUGCACUUAUCCCCUCUGAGAUGGUGACCUAUAGCAUGAGUGCAGCUCCAACUAUAAAUUUAGAAGCAACCCUCAGAUUAUUAGCCACACCAGCACAAAUGCCUGCAGAAGUACCAAACAGUGCAGCUGCUGAUCCUUUGAUAAGGAUGAUGAGCACAGUUAUGCGUCUAUGUGAGACAGAAUCCCAAGCACUGAAGGCUAACUUAGGUCAUCUCCUAAGUCCAGAAGUAUCCUCUUCACUCAUGUGGUUCUUGAGACGGUUCUGCCUAUCUUAUCUUCUUCCAAAUGAAUCUUUCUACACAGAGUUGAGUAUAGCCCUGACUUCAGCCUUUGGGCGAGAUUCAGAGGGAGCAGCCUGGACUUUGAACUAUUUAUUAUCAGUUGUUGAACAGACACUGAGACUACGAAGUGCUGAGCCAGGUCUUGUGGAAGACACUGUCAACUUGCUUGUUACAAUGGUUGACAGUAAGGAAAGAGGCCAGCACUUGGUGAAAACUGAAGGUCUCAUGGAAUUAGUGAAGCUUCAGCAGAGUGGAACACUGGGAGCUCUUUCUUCUCUAGCACAACGAGGGUUGAUGCAGGGUCUGGUAAUGUGUGCUGCUUCUUUGGGUGACACUGAUGCCAGGACUCAGUUUUGGACUCAUGUUCUUGAUCCUCCUGUGGCAUCUUUCAAGCAAUUGGUCACUUCUGAAUCUUUCACAAAACAAUACCAACAGGAAGAGAUGAAGAAACAGGUUCUAUACCACAUUGAUAAUUUCAUAGGUGCGGUCCAGGGAUGUCUAAUGCCCACUGCCCAGUGUCUCUUCUCAAGGAUGGUGGGUAUUCUGGGUGAGAGUGUGCGACUGCUUGACCUCUUCCAUAACUACCCGACUGUUGUGGAAACGGUCUUGGAACUGUUUGUGGAAUGCGGAAGACGCAUGCUAUGUUAUCUGACCCCGAGUGCAAGCAAGCAGUUGUAUGAAGCAUCAGUUCACUUGGUGGGAACUUACGCCAAGCACAACAUUGGACGGCGGACGGUGGAAGCAAGGGGAGAGGAGGACCAGUGGAGGGAUUUGCAGCUGCUCAUGGAGUUGUUGACAUCUUUAUUAUCAAAGGACUUCAUAGACCUCGCUCCCUCUGGCCAUGGGGAAGACCAGGAAGUGGUGGCUGCAGCAGAUGUGUGCUUAUUUGGCCUCAACAUCAUCAUGCCUCUCAUGUCACCCGAAUUAUUGCGGUUGCCAACUUUAUGCUCGCAGUAUUUCAAGAUGGUCACGUUCAUUGCCGAAAUUUACCCUAGCAAAGUGUGCCAAUUACCAGAGGAUCUAAUGAAAAAUCUUCUUGUCUCAAUAGAAUUAGGACUAACAAGUUUCGGUCCAGAUGUUGGGACACUAUCAUUUGACUUCUUGGUUGUGCUCGGUUCCUACAUCCACAAGAACUGUGGUCCAGAGCUGCCAGUGCGACAAGGGUUAAGGCCAUUCUUGAAGCUUGUUCUCGACUUGAUAUUGUCACAGCAGAUAAAUUCAGACCUUCUCCAAGCAGCAUCUGCAGCACUGUACACGCUUAUUUGUUGCUUCCAG